AUGUCGUCAAUGGAGGAGGUUGAGCACGAGGAGCAGAAUCUGGAACAAAGGGUGAGGAAGAAAGGUAAACACGACAAGGAUAAGCCAUGGGACGAUGACCCAAACCUCGACCGUUGGAAAAUCGAGAAGUUCGAUCCGGAAUGGAAUCCGACCGGUAUGCUCGAAGUCAGCUCCUUCGCCACUCUAUUUCCUAAGUACAGAGAGAAGUACCUUCAGGAUUGUUGGCCCAGAGUCAAAUCUGCUCUCAAAGAAUACGGCGUCUCCGGCGAACUCGACCUGGUUGAAGGUUCCAUGACUGUUUCGACGACGAGGAAGACAAGAGAUCCGUAUAUCAUUGUCAAAGCUAGGGAUUUGAUAAAGCUUCUAUCGAGAAGUGUUCCUGCUCCUCAGGCAAUUAGGAUCCUUGAAGAUGAAAUGCAAUGUGACAUCAUCAAGAUUGGAGGCUUGGUUCAUAAUAAGGAUAGAUUUGCUAAAAGAAGGCAGCGCCUUAUCGGUCCAAAUUCUUCUACAUUGAAGGCACUGGAAAUAUUGACCAACUGCUAUAUUCUAGUUCAGGGUGGUACUGUUGCCGCAAUGGGUCCUUAUAAAGGUCUCAAACAACUCAGAAAGAUUGUGGAAGACUGCCUAAGGAAUAUAAUGCAUCCUGUGUACCAUAUAAAGAUUCUUAUGGUGAGAAAUGAACUGGCAAAGGAUCCAGCUCUUGCAACUGAAAGCUGGGAUAGGUUUCUUCCUAAAUUCAAGAAGAGAACUGUGAAGGAGGACCCCAAAAGCAAGAAGAAGGAGCCCAAAAUCAAGAAGGAGGAGCCCAAAAGCAAGAAGAAGAAGCCAUACUCAGCUUUCCCUCCUGAGCCACAGCCUAGCAAGGUUGAUUUACAAUUGUUAUCUGGUGAAUAUCACUUGAGUGAACAAAAGAAGGCAGAGAAAAAGCAGCGGGAGAAGCAAGAGCAACAGACGAAGAAGAGUAUGGAUAAUAAAUUAAAGAGAGAUGCCUCACAUGUCCCUCCUGAGGAACCUGUGAUGAACAAUAACAACUCAAACCAAUCUGAGGGUGGCAAGGAAGAUCUAACCGAGCUGACAAAGUCCUUGAAGAGCAAGACAGAAGAGUUGAAGAAGCGGAAGAAGACGCAAGAGAAAGUGAAUGCAGAGGACUAUAUUGCUGGUGAUAAACCUUCCAAGAAGAAAUCCAAAGUUACUAGAGAUUAA